GAAAAGCCAGUGUCAGCUCGUGGAGUCCUAGAGUAGCCUCUAGAGAGCGCAAACAGCUGAGCAGGAGAUGCAGUCCAUACCAAUUCAACUUCAAGCUUCCUCAACUCCGCAUUCUCUUCCUCGGAACCUCCAUAAUUGUAGUCCGCCAUGAUGGCAGCAGUAUGAGCGGGGAUAGCCGUUGUACGGAUUUGCAGUUGAAAUUCCUAAGAAUCCGGGGGAAGAAUAAUCAAGAAAGGAGGAGAGAUCAACAAAAGCAACAAAACAACAACAAGAGACACGAUCCGACGACAAGAAGGGAGGAGGGGGGGAGAGUGGAGAAGAAGGAGUCAAAGUUGGUGAAUCCCGCAAGGAGGAAAGGCGACAAGCGUAAGUAGGCGAAGACGGAUGAACCUUGGACCUUUGCACUCCAGGCU